UAAUAAUACGGUGUGCAGUUGUGUUUCGAGCGGCCGGCGAGCUUGUCGCGUGUGCACACGGUGUUCACAUAUGUCGUGGUAAAUAAUAAUUAAUUACGAUAAUAGUGUAAUAAAAGCGUACACACACUACAUACGUAAAUAAUAUAUUAUUAAAUCGAUUAUAUUUUUAACUCCUCGGUAGUGCGCCAGUCGGCUAAAAAACUUCCGAUAGAAGCGUGCAAAGUACUUGGUUACCAACGUUCAUCGGUAGUAAACGCAGUCUCCGAGAUGGGUCGAAAGUUCCCGUUGCUCACGUCGUGUCUUGGUUGCCCGCUCAAGACCGGAGCCAUCAUCAGCGGCGUCUACGGAAUAGUGAUUGCCAUAAUCACUUUAAUCGUGCUCCUGACAACCGAUAUCAAAAUACAGACCAUCGUCAUAGAUUUCUUACCCAAAUCUGUCGUACAAAUCAUUGUCGCUAUCAACCUGCUUAUGACAAUAUUGAUAUCAUCUCUGCUAUUGGCCGGGAUUUUUAUGCGAAAGAAGAUAUUGAUGCUUCCUUGGAUAGUACUAACGAUUAUGUUAUGCAUUGGACUAGUCAUAUCUGUGAUAUACACCAGCAUUGACUUCUUGAUCCAUAAAUUCUAUAUCACUAGCAUUGGAGUUCUGGUGAUUGGCUUGCUGUGUGUGUGUGUUUACGUGUACAUGUGGUGGGUGACCUACAGUUAUUAUCAAAAAAUCAAAGAAGAAGACAACCGAACUCCAUACACCAGAACACCUUACUAUGGUUGAAAUAAAAAACUAAAGUUUUUUUCAUAAUAAUAAAUAUUUGUAAGAUAAUCAUGCAAUGUUAUUGCCAAUAAGAUUUUUCUAGACAUUAUGAAAUGAUUAACCCUCAACAUUGUAUAUAAUAACAUUGUAUGUGUGUAUACAAGUUAUAUAAAUUAUCUUUUAGUUUGACAAGGUUGUUUUCCAUGUUAAUUCUUAAUGCACUAUUUAUAUAUAUAUAUAUAUUUUUUUUUUUAAUUUAUAAUAUUUAUAAUAUGUAUAUAAUAAACAAUUUAAUAUAAUAUACCCACAAAGUUAAAAUAAUAUAAUGUUAAUUUUAAAUAAAUGUUAAAAAUGUGUA